AUGACUGAAACCAAACCAGAACAAACAACUCCUGCAGUUGAAGAACCAACUCAACAACCACAAAAACCAUCAGUUGAACCACAAGUUGAAACUGAAAAAACCAAUACCGAGGAUCAACAACAAUCUCAACCUCAACAACAACAGCCUACUCCUGCUGCUACUCCUGUUCCUGCAACUGCUCCUGCCUCUGCUAAGGAAGGUGGACGUGAAACUUCAGACAAGAUCUUAUAUGUUGGAAGUUUACAUAAAUCAGUUUCAGAAGAUAUGUUAAAGGAUUUAUUUUCAGUUGCUGGACAAAUCAAAACUGUUAAAAUAUUGAAUGAUAAAAAUAAGCCAGGGUUUAAUUAUGCUUUUGUUGAAUAUGAAAAUAAUCAAGCUGCAGAUAUGGCUUUAAAUACUCUUAAUGGAAGAUCAAUCAAUAAUUCUGAAAUUAAAAUCAAUUGGGCUUUCCAAUCUGCUACUAUUACUACUAAUAAUAAUAAUGAAAAUGAUCCUACUUUCAAUAUCUUUGUUGGUGAUUUAAGUCCAGAUAUUGAUGAUGAAGGUUUAAAACAAGCUUUUGGUAAAUUUGAAUCUUUAAAACAAGCUCAUGUUAUGUGGGAUAUGCAAACUUCAAGAUCUAGAGGAUAUGGAUUUGUUACUUUUGGUGUCCAUUCAGAUGCUGAACUGGCUUUACAAACCAUGAAUGGUGAAUGGCUUAAUGGUAGAGCUAUUAGAUGUAAUUGGGCUUCUCAUAAACAAGCUAAUAACAAUAAUCAAAUGAAUCAACAUAAUCAUAAUAAUAAUAAUCAUCAUCAAAAUAAUAAUGGAUAUAGAAAUAAUAAUGGUCGUCAUAAUAAUCCAAAUAACAAUCGUCAAUUUAGACAAUUCCAUAAUGGUAACAAUAACAACCUUAAUAAUAAUAAUUCUAAUAAUUUGUAUUCUCAACAAUUAAUUAAUCCAGGAUUAGGUGGUGGUAAUAACAAUAAUCAAUUCCAACCACCUCCACCUUUACCACAACAACCAGGAUCUUUACCUCAAAUGUUACCUAUGAAUGGCAACAACAACAACAAUAGCAGAGACAGCAACAACAAUUCCAUGAAUGGUAAUAACAAUAACAACAACAACAGCAAUAACAGCAGUGCCAAUGGUAACAAUACUAAUAACAAUCAUCCACAAGGUAAUAUCCCAGUCAUGUCACCUCAAACCUAUGAUAUUGUAUUAAGACAAACCCCAUCCUGGCAAACUACAGUUUAUUUAGGUAAUAUUGCCCAUUUCACCCAACAAGGAGAUUUAAUCCCCUUAUUACAGAAUUUCGGAUUUAUUAUUGAUUUCAAAUUCCAUCCAGAAAGAGGAUGUGCAUUUGUCAAAUAUGAUAGUCAUGAAAGGGCUGCAAUGGCGAUUGUCCAAUUAGCUGGUUUUAAUGUGAAUGGAAGACCUUUGAAAUGUGGUUGGGGAAAGGAUAGACCACCUCCUCAAAUGGGACAUCAAUUUGGGAAUUUUUCAAGAGGUGGUGGUGGUGGUAAUGGAGGGAUGAAUAUGAAUAUGAAUAUGAAUAUUCAUGCGCCUCCUCCUCCACCUCCUCCACAGAUGUAUAAUCAAGGUAGACCUUAG